AAUAAACAUUAAUUUGACUGGCUAGGUGGUUUGAUUUACAGUUUUGACUUUUGAAGCAUUUUUUCACCGUUUCACAAACCAUUUCCUCUGCCGACAUCUUCCAAUCUAUCUUCGUUUGUCCUCUGCAACACCACAACCACCCUAAUCAUUACUACCGUAACCUCUUAUUUAAUUCGGUUUCUGUUCCACUCAAUUGGUUUUACUCUUCAAUCUCAUGUUUUCUUUCAUCCACCACGCAACUUUCAUUUUCAAUUAACACUAUUCUUCACAUGUCUGGGCCUCUUGAUCGCUUCGCACGUCCCUGCUUUGAAGGGUUUUCUGGUCACGAUGAAAGGAGGGAGAGGAAAUCGGAUUUUGAGAACUCGGAAGAUGAUAGGCGAACGAGGAUUGGUAGUUUGAAAAAGAAAGCGAUUAAUGCUUCAAGCAAGUUCAGGCAUUCUCUUAGGAAGAAAAGCAGCAGGAGGAAGACCGCGAGCCGCAGCAAUUCUGUUUCCAUUGAGGAUGUUCGAGAUGUUAAGGAGCUCCAAGCAGUGGAUGCUUUUCGACAAGCGCUUAUGUCGGAUAACUUGUUGCCUUCAAGACAUGAUGACUAUCAUAUGUUACUCAGAUUCUUGAAAGCAAGGAAAUUUGAUAUCGAGAAAGCGAAGCACAUGUGGGCCAACAUGAUCCAGUGGAGGAAAGAAUUUGGUACUGAUACAAUUAUGGAGGAUUUUGAAUUCAGUGAGUUGAAUGAAGUCCUGCAGUACUAUCCACAUGGUUAUCAUGGUGUGGAUAAGGAAGGAAGACCUGUUUAUAUCGAGAGGCUAGGUAAAGUUGAUCCUAAUAAGCUUAUGCAAGUGACUACCAUGGAAAGGUAUUUGAGAUACCAUGUGCAGGGUUUUGAGAAAACGUUUGCUGUUAAGUUUCCUGCAUGUUCCAUUGCGGCAAAGAGACAUAUAGAUUCAAGUACAACCAUUUUGGAUGUUUACGGCGUGGGUUUCAAAAACCUAACCAAAUCUGCACGGGAACUCAUCAUGCGGCUGCAGAAAAUUGACGGUGAUUACUAUCCAGAAACAUUAUGUCGAAUGUUUAUAAUCAAUGCUGGUCCUGGUUUUAAGCUGCUUUGGAACACAGUGAAAACAUUUCUUGAUCCCAAAACUACUUCAAAGAUAAAUGUUCUUGGAAACAAGUUCCAGAACAAAUUACUUGAAGUUAUUGAUGCAAGUGAGCUGCCUGAAUUUCUAGGUGGUUGUUGCACUUGUAUAGAUCAAGGUGGUUGUAUGAGGUCUGAUAAAGGACCAUGGCAGGAUCCAAACAUUAUAAAGAUGGUUCUUAGCGGUGAAGUGCAAUGUUCUAGGCAAAUAGUAACAGUUUCUAACGAUGAGGGGACAGUCAUUCAAUGUGAUAAGGCAUGCUUUCCAAUGCCAAUAAGAAGUAGUGAUACAUCAACAGCAGAAUCAGGAUCUGAAGUCGAAGAUAUCACUUCUCCCAAAGCAAGUGGGAAUUAUACAAACCCUAGGUUAACUCCUGUCCAUGAAGAAGCAAGAUUGAUUGGUAAGGCCAACCAUUCUGACGGUUUCUCUGCAUAUGAUGAGUAUGUUCCCAUGGUUGACAAAGCUGUUGACCUUGGAUGGAAGGAGAAACAAGUAACAACUCAAAACUCACAUGGGUCAACAGAAAUUUUCUUAUUGAGGACUGGAAAGUCUGGCGGCAAGUGUGCAUAUAUCUGGGCUAUUAUCGUGGGCUUCUUUGUGGCCAUCUUUACUAUUGCACGUUCACUAGCAUUACGUGUGACUAAGGGAAUGCAUGACACUAAAUCUGAUUCUGCCAAAAAUAUGCCUAACAUGACUGUGCAUUCAAUAACUAAGGAGGUAUCUCGUCCCCCAUCUCCUGUUCCCAUAUUAACGAAGGCAGAACUCAUCUCAUCUGCUUUGAAACGCCUUGGUGAGCUUGAAGAGAAGGUUGACAUGCUACAGUCAAAACCAAAUGUGAUGCCAUAUGAGAAAGAGGAGCUGCUUAAUGCUGCUGUUUAUCGUGUGGAUGCAUUGGAAGCAGAAUUGAUUGCUACAAAGAAGGCUUUAUACGAAGCUUUGAUUAGACAAGAAGAACUUCUGGCGUACAUAGAUAGUCAGGAGAGAAGCAAAUUCGAGCAGAAAAAGAAGUUUUGCUGGUGAAGAGAUAAUUGUACAGAACGGAGUUGCAGCUUGAUGGAGAUAUAUUACUUCUUUCCUUGUUGUAUAUUUUACCUGCACAGUUGUUUGUGUUCAAGAUGGCUUGUCCAUUUUCCUCGAAGUUCUUGUAUGAUGGAAUUCUGUUUAUAUAUACGUCUACUUAUCUCUCUCUUUCUCUCAACUUCGAUGAAGAUGAUUUUGUUUCCUGAAUUAUAUAUAAUUGUAUGACAUAAAUAAAGUUUGAUCUACCUUCAGUUUA